CAUCAAGACAUGUUGUUGUCCGGGCUGCAACAGGUGCUGGCAAGACACUGGCAAUGAUCCUUCCCUUGCUGCUCUCUCCUGACAAGGUUGCAAUCACUGUCACACCAUUGAAGCUUUUGCAAAAAGAUCACGUCAACGAGUUUGUCCAGUAUGGCAUUCCCUCUAUCGCAAUCAACCAUGAUACCCCACAUGACAAGACACUAUGGAAUCAUGUAGCUGCUGGCCGCUAUAAGAACUUGCUCUGGGUAUAUGAUUGUCGUGGUGCCUGACUGGAAUUUCGGGGGGGCUAAAGCACGCUGUUCAACAUGAGUAGAUGUCGAAACUUGAAUGUUGGCCCAGCCUAUCAUAUGCGGUCCUCUCGCAAUGAGCUGUGC